AUGCGAGGACGGCCGGCCAAGCGAGCCUUCAGGUCUGCGGGCCUUUGCAGUCUAUGCAUGCUCUUCGUCGCGGUUGCCACCCCGUCCUGGGCGUGGUUGGGUCGCCACGAGGAGGAAGAGAGGCCAAAAUUGCCGGUGAUGGACGUCGACCUCGUGGAGCUAGAGGUGCCCGCGAACGCAGCACCUGUAUCCUUCCAGAUGUCGAAGCUGUACAUUCCCAUCAUUCCAGAAGUGGCCACCUUUCUGAACCAAAGCGACCUGGAAUGGAGCUACCGUGACGAGAAUCCGCUCACCGGCCGACCGCGAUUCCACGUGUAUGUGCUCGGACAGCCGUUCCGGAUAAAGAACAAGACAGUGCAAGGAAUUCACACAGUCAUCGAGCUUCCCGACCAAGUCUCGACAGCUUCCUGCAAGGUUGCUGCCAUCAACGCCGAGGCUGAGCUUGGUUCCGAGCAGCACAUCGGGCCCUUUCGCGCUGUUCUUCUGGUUUGCCAGGCCUUCGUACAUGGGCUGGCUGAUGCCGUGCUUGGUGACUUCCCUGGCUUGCCCGACGGCUGCUUUGCAUUCCGGAUGGUCGAGGAGAGCUGCGAGAUCUCCUUGCGCUCAAAUGACGCGCUGGGGAGAAGCGGGCAGGUGUCUGUGUCACCGUGCCAGGGGAGGCAGAACGGUGCUUUCGUUGCGAAGCAGGCUCCUGGGGGCUUUCUCAGUGGUUUCCAGUUCCUGCGAGACUCAGAGUCCAGCGCAGGCUUCCGGUCCUGGACUUCCUUUCAGAACUCCUACGAGCUCGUCGGCAUAGGCGAGGAGAAUGACCGCAGAUGUUUGCACAACCACAUGCUGCACCAGAUGGAAGCGAAAAAGAGCAACAGAUUUGUCUGCGAUUUCUGCCGGCGGAAGAUCGUUCAGGGCGAGUUAUUCUGGUCCUGCGAGCGAUGCGUUUGGGAUGUGUGCCAGGCCUGCUAUGCCAAAGGCGCCAGAUUCAAAGCAGGCAGCGAGAUUGAAUUGAUCCAGCCUUUUCAUCACUACCGAAGGCACACUUCCGGGAUCAUUCAGGAGGUCAUCGACGACAGCGAGGGGAGGCACCAGCAAUUGCUCGUCACCCUGCGCCACGAAGAUAGCCCUUCAGAAGAAAGACUGCAACGGGAGGACUUCUCAAAGAUCCGGGUUAUCGAGAAAAGCCAGCUGAAUGUCAGGCUUGUAGUGGGAGUUUGCCUCAUCGUGGCGUUUUUCCUGUAUGGAAUCCUCGAUCAUCAUCGACUCAGUCGUCUGAUUUCACGUUUGGUCCACUGGUGCCGGACGAUAGGCAUGUGGUCAGCACUGAUUCUCUUCCUUGUUUCUUCGGUGCUCCCGGUGAUCAUGCUGCCGGUUUUCCCCGUCAUGGCACUUUCUGGACCAUUGUUUACCAAACUGAAUGAUGGAGAGGCCGUCACAGGUGGUGCGAUUGCUUUCGGCGUCGUCUUCAGUGGCCUUUGGGUCGGCAGUGUCUUGGCCUUCGCUUUGGGCAAGACGCUGCUGAACGAUUAUGCCCGGAAAGCAAGCAAGCACAGCCGCGUGCUGCGGCGGCUAAACCGAGUGAAGAUUGUCUUCAUGGCACGGAGCUUGCCAAUUCUGCCAGCGGAAGUCUUUGACUACGCUUGCGCAAUGACGACUUUGGCAGUGCAUGAGUAUGCCAUCGGAUGUUUAGGCUCGGCGGUCCCCGUGGCGUUCUGGACCUUCAGCACUGCACAGGCCUCAGAUCUCACGAGCCCGAAGCGGUCGCAAGCCACCCACUUGGCGCUGAUCAUUAUCAAUGUUGGAUGCCUGGCACUUCUCACUGUCCUACUCGUUGGCGUCAUCCAGAAGCACGAGCAGGAGCAUGCAGAAGAGGAUGAGACAAUACAAAUAGCCUGGAAUACUGGUUGGAAGGAUCCGAAGACAGAGAUUUUACAGGUUCUCAGAUUCCAUCAGCUAGAUCCACACAAAGAAGGUAGAGAUUUUACCAUCCGGGACUGCAACAACAAGCUGCUGCAGCUGGGGGGUGUCCUUUCGAUCGGCUCUUUCCUCAUCCGGAAGUGGGACCGGAUCUUCAAGUGA